UUCACAUGCCAUUCGGUGAGAUGACAAUUACCCUGCACGACGUGCAUUACAUCAUGGGUUUGCGAGUUAGUGGAACUCGCCCUAACGUUUGGAUGGAUAAGGCCGACGCGAUCCAGCUUGGUGCGAGAGCUUUCGGGGUCGCACCCGCACUUAUGGAGCAGUGGUGGUAUGGUGGCGGACCCCGGUUAGAUGAUUUGGAGGUGAAGUAUGGCGACAAUUCUACAUUUCCUUCCGCGUAUCGGGUACGAGCAUAUAUUGCAUACUUGCUUGGAAAGUUGUUGUUCGUGGAUAAGAGUGGAUCGAAGGUUAGAGCAGAUUUUUUCCCACUGUUAGAGGAAAUCAAUCUCAUUUGCGAGUAUUCUUGGGGUUCGGCUACAUUGGCCUAUCUGUACCGACAGUUGGGCAUGGCUACGCGAGCUGAGGCGGCGCAGAUUGCUGGAUGUCUGACAUUAUUAGAGUGUUGGAUAUAUGAGUAUUUUCCGUGUUUCCGGCCUCCGAUGGUUAACGCACAUGUUACGGGAGAGCCAUGGUGUAAACGGUGGCAGGUGAUACAUCAUAUUCCUAAGGACGAGGAUAUACUUGUAGAUUAUCGUAGACGUCUCGAUUCGAUGCGUCCGUCAGAUGUGAAUUGGACGCCAUUUGGAUUGAAAGUGUCAUCUGAAGUUGCAAAGACGGUUCAUCACGGGACUAUUCGAUGGAUGGAUACGGUCGAGCCUUAUAUGCCCGAUAGAGUUUUGCGUCAGUUCGGGUUUCGGCAGAUUAAACCGGCGGACCCAAUUCGUCCGCUAAAAGGGUCUAAGAGGGAGAGAAAAAUAGCAUCUUACAAGGUUAACUAUGAGCCUGGCGAUCAGAUGUGGGAUAUCCCCCACACGCACAUGCUUAGUCGAGCUUACUAUGGUCAUCCGGCGCGUCCAGCUUGGGAGUCGGAUCCGGAGUAUAUGCCGUGGUUUCUAGACCACACCCACGUCCGUGUACAUCCUAGUACCGAGCCGGUUGAAAGAGCGGAACCAUCUGCAGUUCCGGCUAUAUAUGAUCUCACCCGAGUGUUGCAUCCGUACUUCUACGAUAACUUGCCUCCGUCUACUAUUCCAGGAUAUCGGCAUAUGCCCGAUGACUUCUUCAGGACGAUCCAGGACAUGUGCGCCCCAUUCGCUGAGUAUCUACAGUUGGACCGUGCUGAUGCUGACGAUCGGGAUGCAGGAUCCUCUCAGGGGCGACAUUCUCACCGCAGGCGUAGGACGAGGGAUACUUAGGUGUUCAGGACCUGAUUUCCGUUUUUUAAGCUUAAUUUAUGUUUAAUAAAAUAUGGUGUAACCAUAACCUGAUUUCCGUUUUUUAAGCUAAAUCUAUGUUUAAUAAAAUAUGUGUAACCAUAACCUGAU